UGCACACGGCCAGCCCCCUCCCUUCUCUCUCUCUCUCUCUCUCCCGUAUCCCCACCUCUUUCUCUGUCUUUCUCUCCUAUCCUAACCAACAUGGCCGCUAAGUCGGAUGGAGCAGCGGUGUCUGUGGAAGAUGACAACACACCCAGGAGCCUCUCGGAGCCGGGGAACCCCGUCGCCCGGCCCCGCUGUAGCGCCGCCGGUGGGAAACCCUACACCCUGCUGGACUGCUGCUGGGUGCUCUGCGCCCUGCUCGUCUUUUUCUCCGACGGCGCGACCGACCUGUGGCUGGCCGCCGACUACUACCUGAGAGGUGACUACUGGUGGUUCGGCUUGACGCUCGUCUUCGUCGUGGUGCCCUCCGCUGUCGUCCAGGUGUUGAGUUUCAGGUGGUUCGUGUACGACUACUCGGAUCUGAGCGGCGGGGACGGAACAGCGAGCGGCAGCGGGACCGGCGCGGCGGCGGCGGCGGCGGCGGAGGAGGCGGCAGGCGCGGCAGCCACAGCGGGCGACAGCACUCUAAGCACCAAGGACAGCGACCAGCGCGGCGUGUGCGCGGCGGCGGGGAACGCCGCGAAUGCUACCCCGGUUUACACGUCCUCUGCCCCGCCUGCGACGGCAGGGAGAGUCGGGGCCCCCCAGAGGUGCUGCACCGUCUGCAUGUGGGUCUUUCAGACGGUGCUACACGUCCUGCAGCUGGGGCAAGUCUGGAGGUACAUCCACGCCCUCUACCUGGGCGCUCAGAGCCGUUGGCACAGCGGCGGGUCCCGUCGCCACUUUCACUGGCGACUGAUGUUCGAGAGCGCUGACAUCACCAUGCUCCGCCUCCUGGAAGCCUUCCUGAAGUCGGCUCCGCAGCUCGUCCUCCAGCUGAGCAUCAUGAUCCACGGAAACGCCGUCCUCCCUCUGCAGGGUCUCUCGGCCUCUGCCUCCCUGGUCUCUCUGGCCUGGAUGAUUGCCUCCUACCAGAAGGUUCUGCGGGACUCCCGCGACGACAAGCUGCCCAUGUCCUACAAGGCUGUGAUCACCCAGAUGUUGUGGCACUUCUUCACCAUCGGGGCGAGGACGGUGGCCUUUGCCCUCUUCGCUUCCGUCUUCCAGCUCUACUUUGGCAUAUUCAUCGUCAGCCACUGGUGUGUCAUGACCUUCUGGAUCAUCCAAGGCGAGACCGACUUCUGCAUGUCCAAGUGGGAGGAAAUCAUCUACAACAUGGUGGUGGGCAUCAUCUACAUCUUCUGCUGGUUCAACGUCAAGGAGGGCCCCAGCCGCUUCCGCAUGACAGUCUACUACUCUGUGACGCUGGCUGAGAAUGUGGCCCUGACCGCCGCCUGGUACACCUACCGUGGUCCGCACACCUCCGACUCCUACGCCCUGGUGGUGGUGUGCCUGGUAGCCUGCAGCUUUGCCCUGGGAACCUUCUUCAUGUUGGUUUACUACUGCUGGCUGCACCCUGACGGGCCUGUUCUGGGCUCACAGUGGGGUGGAUGUGUGGACGAGGGAGUGGUGAGUGCAGGAGGAGUGGCAGGAGUCAUUGAUGCUUGUCUCACCCCAUCCCAAGGGUCCCAAACUGACAUGGUCAUUACAAGCCCUCCGAGGACUCUCCCCAGGACUAAAGAUACGGGAGACCCGGUUCCCGGGGAGCGAGAGAGGGACAGAGACAGGGACAGCUGCCUGCCUGUCUUCCAGGUACGACCCUCCCCUUCCUCCUCUCCUGCACUCCUGCACAGGACCUCGUCCUCAUCUCGUGCACAGGAGGGUCCCGUCAUCCGGAUUGACCUCCCGAGAAAGAGAUACCCGGCCUGGGAUGCGCACUUUAUUGAUCGGCGCCUCCGCAAGACCAUUCUGCUUCUGGAGACCACAUCAGCCGUGAGUCCCAGGAUACAGUACAGGAGUAGCAUGAUGGGCAGCAAAGAGGUAUUAGAAUAUGAGACGACUGUCUAAGCCAACAGGGGCUCUUAAACUUACAAGUGCAGUCUGGGACCAAGGCUCAGCCUGAGAUCAGUUCUCAUCCCAGGACUACCCACGCCAGAAGAAGCAUGACUAGGAGGUGCAGAGCGUGAGGAAAGUCUUUUUAAGAAAAGAGGUUGUCAAAACUUGAUUGUAAAAUGUAAAGCGCAAUCCAGGGACCAAGACUCUCCCCUUAGGGUGCAGUCUGGGAGUAAGUAGCAUGAAUGAGCCGUGCGAAGUUCAGUGGAGUAAUACUGAACUGGGAUAAUCUUCAUCUUUUCUAAAAGCUUGGAGCUGAGAAAUCUAAUCUCUCAUCCUGGGACCAAGGAAUGUUAGAUGUAGUUUCAUCGUGCACGGUCAGAACAAGAAGUGAAAGGAUUUGAGAGCAAUGAAGUUGCAGAGUUCCAGAUAAUUUAGAACCAGUCCGCUCCAUGAACUUGAGCCUCGGACCCUGGAGACUCAACAGAGACUUGCAGGGAGCUUUUAGAGACUGGUUGCUGGAGUUUGCACAGGACAUGCAAUCAUUUUGGUUUGGUAGCAAAUUAGAAACUGACAGAAAAUUGGGACUCACUGUGUGAUGAAUAUUACUUCAGUGACUUGCAGGUCAAAAGACAUCUCGGUUAAAAAUGAACUAAAUUUGGAUGAAAAACAAUGUCUCGUUCUCUUUCGAAAUCUAGGUUACAUAUAAUAGAUUAGUUUGUUUAAAAAGCACUUAAAUGAGUAUAUUGCAGUGUAUUUUUCAGUGAAACAGGACAUAACCACAGAAUUAAAUGAACUAAAAAUGUGAAUAAAAUAAUGACUAUCUAUAUUGUAGAUGUCUCACUCUUCCACUUCAUUUGGUCCAGUUUUAGCCAAGACGUCUCAGUUUCUUCUCGCCUCCAAAGCACCAAUUCAUCAGUCAACUGAACUGAAUAUGGCUUGGCGUUAUAAGAAAUGCAACGACUUUGCCUCAUCUACUUACAGUAAAUAGGAAUUCAUUUGUGUGAGCUGGGUGGCAGACACAAUUUGUCAUAUUUUCAUUUUUACGCCAUCAGGCCUCCAAAAGAUUGCAUGUCCCUCACAAACUUUGGUGAAGAGAAAUGUGGUCUCACACGUUGGGCUCCAGUCUCAUAAGAACACAAGGACACAAGGUUUAUGAAACUGAGGCCUGAGAUACAAGUGAUUACAGUCACCCAUUUCAUAUGUGAUACAAAAGCGGCCAUAGCAAAAGUCCUACUGUUUACAUCCCAGCUGUCACCCCCAACCUGAGAAUGGAGAAAUCAGUCAGGACUGGAUGUAAGGUGGGCAACUUGUGCAAUGGCUACGAUCAUGUGGCAUGCUGUAACUCCCCACAAACGGGCCUGUGAUGUACAGUUGAAUAAAUACAGAUGUCAGAUAUAAGCUAUUAUAAUAAGCUGUAGUUAGAUGAUGAAUGACUUUUGGGUAAUGACGUUUCAUUCACUCGUGAGAGUCUAAAUGUUGUCCACUUUUCUUGGAACACAUACCAUGUAGGGGAAUGAGGAGUAACCUCAGUAUGAAAAUAUUUCCCAGGGGGAAUGAGGAAUGGGGGAUGAGAAAUGUCAUUGUGUCAACAGACCUUAAAAAUAUCUGUUGGAUUUGUUGGAAUGUGACAACUUUGGAACAUGCUCGGUAAAGCUGUGCUCAGACUACAGGAGUUUGGGGCCGAUUUAUCCAUUAUUCACCCCUCUUGACAGAAAACUGGUCUAGGGCCUUGGUUGGUAUCUUUGGUACUGUGAGGGGUUUACAGACCUCAUCCUAAACCUUCCCAUCCGCUCACUGACUCAUCAGGGCCACUUCGAUAAUUUCAAACAAGUUUGAUAUUUAGGAGUUGAAGUCUGGAUGAUUACAUCAGUACUUCCCAAACAGGAUCACAACACAAAUAAAACGAACAGCCAGAAGCAGUUGUCAAACAAUGGUAUAUAUUCUAUCCCUUGAGGUUAACAUUAGUCAGCAUCGCAUUGUUCACAGAUAUUAAGUGAAUCUCACCUGAAUCGGUUCCCGUUGAAGAACCAUUUUCUCAUCCACCAUCGUUUAGGUUCCUGCUUUACUACAGCAAGUUGUUGCAUUACGUCGCUCUUCAUUUUCUUUACAUGUGCUGCCCAGCGAGAUCAGGUGAGAGAGAUCCCUCAGGCAUGAUGAUCUUAAUAAAUAUCCCAGUGUGUGAUACGCCUUCUUUCUUCUUUUUCUUUUCAAAUCUUGCUGUGUGUGCAUGUUUGAGAUUAGAGAGAAGAAAGUCUGUGAAGUUUCUUCUUAUGUGCAUGACGCAACUGGAUUUCAAAAUGUGUCAGGAUUUUAAAACUCCUGUAGACUGAGCUUGUGGUCAUUACGUGUAACAAUAAAUGCAAAGCAAGAGCAGACUGAAACCGCAGUCUCAGAGAUGCUAAGUACUGUGACGUUUUAUUGCACGCUAGCUAUUUAACAGUAGCUGCUGUUUCAAGUUGCAGAUGUUGACAAGGGUCUGGUUUUUUGAAAGGCAAUGUUGUUUACAAAACGAAAGCAUGUACAGGCCUUUAAUUCAAAGUAGAUAUCUGCAGAUUCCGGUGUGGACCGGUGAGCAGCAUCAUCAGUGGAGGAAAAAUGAAACGGUAAGAAAUCCUCUUUGCUCCUUUUAAACUGCUGUUGUGAUGCCCUGAAGCGAGGGGCUACAAAUUCAGCUGAACUGAUCAGUAACCAACUUCAGAGGUCGACGUUUAAACGCGGCAGAUGCCAGGUGUGAAUGAGCGUUACUGUCAGUUAGAGGCAGCUGGAUGCUGAGAAAGUCAAACAUGGUCAGUAACACAACCUGAAGGAAGAACAGUGGGGAAAAAGCACUAGCAUCAAAGCUAACUUCUGUCCUGUCUCAUAGUACCCAACAGAUUUCUCCUCAGCAGCCUCUCUUUGAAGUUCUUUUCAAAGAUGUAUUGUUGUUGGUUUUUUCUUUUAAAGCCUUUAGGGUUAGUCUGUGCAUUUAAGGCAAUCUGACUUGUUAUGAAGUGUAAGUUUUUUAAGUGAGUCCCGCAAACUUUUAAACAAGUGUUGUGAUUGUUUUUGGUAAAGGCAACAGAAGGUGUUAGCAUUGUUAUUAAUGCAUUCAAACUUUUCGUUACUCAAAAAGAAAACAAAAAACAUUACAUUCCCUUUGUGACCCUCAUUCAUCCCAAAAGGCAUGUUCAUCAGAACCCGUCUGAAGACGCAUCUGAGAUACGGUGGUAA